AUGUCGCUAUCAGACCUGAACAAUACUGCAGAGAUCGAAGUUGGGGACGCGCUAUACGAGUUCACUGCAUCUUCAGCCAUUCCUUUGCUCCUCAUGGAGAGCUUUGACGUCGGUGCACUCUGCUGCGGUGUCCCUUCAGCGAGUUACAUGAUUUGGUGUGGUUUCUUAAAUCUACUGCUGCGGGCGGUCACCCGCGCUCCACUAUUGGCAGCGAUAUGGACGACUCUGGCAGCGCUCAUCACUCAUUGGGCACUGGCUCUACAACAAUUGACCUCACUUAUCACCGGUCGGGCUCUAGCCAUCCCACUCACGUUAUACGAGAUGGUCUACUCAUCGUCCCCGGAGGUCACGGAGUUCAUUUCUUUCGGGCUCACAUGGCAGUAUGCACAUCUGAUUGUGACGGAGACUGUCUUAUUCGGAUUCGCAUCUUCCAUGUUCGGAAUCGUGUUAUAUGUGAUUAUAUGGAAAUGGCGUUCUGAACGACGUUUUGGACUCGCGGUGAUCAUCCCUAUUGCUACCAUCAUCAUGUACUCGACGUCCGUGACGCACUGGGUACUCAAUGUCCGGUAUUAUACCUCAUUCAAGCAAGGAGCGGAGGGGGCACGUAGCCCCUACACACCUUACACUAAGCAGCUGACAGUUGCUCUCAUGGCGCUCACGUCGACCAAUACAAUUUUGAGUGACUCGGUCGUUCUCUGGCGCAUGUGUGCUGUCUGGAGUAUGGCACGCCCGGCCUUAUCCUUUUCUGGACUUCUUAUGAUGGCCUUACUGGCACUCAACAUUGCCAACAUCAUCGCGGUUUCUGACCCGGAACUGGAAGCCACCGGCAUAACUCACAACGUUCACGACUCCGAGCUCAUAUGGACGUUCGGACAGAGUUCUCUCGGUCAGGCGGUAGUAUUCAUGUCAAUGGGUAGUAAUAUAAGCGCGACGUUCCUUGUUGCGCUAAAAGCAUGGAUGCACAGAAGGCAUUGGGCUGAACUUGCUCGCCUUGGCAACCGCCGCACACUCGUCAUGCGAGUGAUGGAGCUCUUAGUAGAGUCAAGUAUCGUUUACAUGGGGAUCUGGGUACUGUAUUGUGCCAGCUUCUUCCGGAGGAUUACGACACAGUACUCGAUUCAACUUACUUCGUUCCCGAUCGAUGCUGUUGACUAUCUUGAUGCAGUGAUGGUCCAGAUCACGACUAUAUACCCAUUGCUCGUCUUCAUUGUUCUAGCUGUCGACAAGUCGCAAUAUACGCGAGGAUACGAAAUCGCACUUCAGAGAGAAUCACCGCGCAAGAGGACUAGCGGGUUCGCAGGCCCUGUUGCAUUUAGCACAGAUGCAGAGUGUUUUAACAAUGCUUCGGGCCAGAAGAUCACAUUGCCGAUGAUUGCACUGAAUACAGAUAAUGGCAGCGACCAUAUGCCAAAGUAA